AUGAAGUUCUUCCAGUACAUCACAGCGGCCCUGCUGCCCAUGACUGUGUUUGCCAUCCCUGCUGUAGAGCCUGAACUCAAGGCCGUUUCUGCUCCGGCCACUAUCACUACAGAGGACUUCCACCUUCUCAUGAAGCGGCAGACCGACCUCGGCAGCAUUAUCGGCGAUUUGACGGACUCCCUCGGCUCUAUCAAGGAGAUCUUAUCCUCAGACUCAUUGAAGAAUAUCAACACCGUCGUCACCCAAUUAGCAGCGCUGCUCGGGGAUCCAACCACAAAACAAAUCAAGAGCUUGGUGUCUACAGCAUCAGACCUUCUCAACAGUGACGCCGCCUCGAAUCUGAUUGACCAGCUACCGUCUCUGCUCUCCAGCGUCAGCGGCUUGCUCACCAAGGAGACGCUGAACAAGAUCACGACUCUGCUUGAUAACGCAGCCAUCUUGCUGACUAAGGAAUUCGCUAAUAAUGUCAAGGGCCUCAUCAACGAUGUGGCGCCGCUCGUGUCUGCUGUCGCGCAGGUCAUUUCAGCGCUUCUGGGGUCUCUUCUGGGGUAA